ACACGAGCCAGAGAGAAAAGGCCCGCGAGGCUGGCGGCCUGGCUAGAGCGACCCGGUCCCAGCGUGCGACGUUGGCCGAAGGUUCUCUGUGUGGUCUGUGUGCUGGGGAGCCGGGAUAGGGCUGGAUUUACCAGCGGUGGCAACCGGCCAACUUUAACCUCCAGCGUCUUUCUCUGAGCCCGACUGGGGUGGUUUCCCACCGACCUAGUUUCGUUGAAGCACAGGCAAGGGAAGGGGUGAAAGGUAAAAAAAAAAUGGCGCUGACCGCUCGUCUGCUGCCCAACUUGCUGCUUUAUAGGCCGCUGCCCGGCGGAGUCGUCCGACCCUGGACUCCCAAUACAGCCGAGGUGAGGCCACCGUUGGCUGGAUUGUGCUGCUUCUGCCGCCGCCGCUUCGGCUCGGGAACAACCCCAUUUUCUCGUAGCACUUGUGCGGAGGCGGCCUUGGUGCCGCCUGCUUGGAGCCCUUGGCGUCCCUUGCUCUUCCAUGCGAGACUCCCCGCAGCCCUCCAGGCGUUCCCUGCCUGUUCUCGUCGCUGCUACAGCACAGAGGAGCAGCCCCAGCCGCGACAGAAAACCAAGAUGAUCAUUUUGGGGUUCUCCAACCCUAUCAACUGGGUUCGGACUCGUAUCUACGCGUUCUUAAUCUGGGCCUAUUUCGACCAAGACUUCAGCAUCGCAGAAUUCUCUGAAGGAGCCAAGCAGGCUUUUGCUCAUGUGUCCAAGUUACUGUCAGAGUGUAAAUUUGAUCUAUUAGAAGAACUCGUAACCAAAGAGGUACUACCUGUAUUGAAAGAAAAAGUUACUUCACUAUCUGACAACCAUAAAAAUGCCCUUGCUGCUGACAUAGAUGAUAUAGUAUACACAUCAACAGGAGACAUCUCCAUAUACUAUGAUGAGAAAGGAAGGAAGUUUGUUAACAUCCUGAUGUGCUUUUGGUAUCUAACCAGUGCCAAGAUCCCCAGUGAAACUAUAAGUGGAGCCAGUGUGUUCCAGGUUAAGUUGGGGGAUCAGAAUGUGGAAACUAAACAACUUCUUAAUGCAAGCUAUGAAUUUCAGAGGGAGUUUACGAAAGGAGUAAAGCCUGACUGGAUCAUUGCUCGGAUCGAACACUCAAAGUUAUUAGAAUAAUCCUUCUUGGAAAAAACAGCUUCGUGGACUGUUAGCACUACUCUGGCUGUUGGUGUUCUCUUGCAAUGAGAAACUAAGGAAGAACAUUUUUUGGAUCACUUGAUCUUCACUUAGAUAAGUCUGUGAAUUUCUUUUCUAUUUUGAAAUACUCCUUGUAGUAUAUUGGCAAUGAUCUAAUAAAGUGUUUUCCACAGAUUGUUAAUCACCUUCUAUAAAAUGUCAGUAAAAAAAAACUACAACAGCACAUUGUUGGUGUCAUAUUCGGUGUCAUUUCUAAUGUUGCAUAUGUGUACAUAUACCCAAGCUAUAAUUUUAUAGACAUGAAGGUAUUGCAAGAAAUACACAUUUUUAAAUUAUUCUUAAAUAUUUAAUUGUGAUUAAUACAGUUAUGACAGUAAUUCAAGUAUAUGUAAGAUUUAUUUUUAAGAAUCACUGCUGCUUUUUGAUUACUGUCUUGGACUCUAGCUAGAGGAGAAGGAAUGGAUGGAAUUAAAGCAGUUUGGUCAAUGCAGAGCUAAAUAUCAGUGGACUUAAAGCUUACUAAAGGUCAAAAAGGGGGUGAAAAGCCUCAAAUAGUGCCUUAGAUACCUAACAGAUAUUCUGACAUCUGUGUACUUGGAGUCCUAGAAGUUGUGGUUAGGGAAACAAAAACAAUAGAAGAAACAGGGUCUGAAAAUGUUUAUACUUGAUGAAAAUGGUAAACCUACAUAUCAAAAAAAUUCAACAAGCAUAAAAAUUCAACAAAAAUUAACACAUAAAAAAAAACCUCACUAAGGUGUAUCAUAAUCAAAUUGUUGAAAACCAGAGAACAUUGUAAAGCAGCUGGAGAAAAGACUCAACCCAUAUAGAGAAUGGCUGCGCGUUUCUUAAACUGCAAGUUAGAGACCUUGCUACACAUUUUUAAAGUGUUGAUAGAUAAAACAUGUUGACUUAGAAUUCUAUAUUCAGCAAAAAUGUCCUUCAGUAAAUGUGAGAAAAUAAUUCUUAAACAGAGGAAAUGAGAUAAUUUGGUCCCAGUGUACCUAUUUUAUAAGACCUGUUAAGGAAUAAAUUCAGAAAUGGACUCAUGCAUGUUGGAUAGUUGAUUAAUAUGGAGCAGCUGGCAUAUUGCUAGUAAUAAUACAAAAUGGUUCAGCCAUUUGGAAGAAUUUUUGGCAUUUUCUUAAUACAGUUAAAUAUAUGCUUACCAUAGGACCCAGCAAUUCUAUUCCUAGGUAUUAUAUCCAUGAGAACUAAAAACAUGUAUCCACACAGAGAAUUGUACAUGAAUGUUAGCAGCUUUUCUUUCUUGACUCCAAACAUCAAAGACCCCACAUGUUCAUCAGUAGAAAAAUGGAUAGACAAGCAAGUGAAAGAAGCCAGACGCAAAAGAAUUACUGUAUAAUUCUAUUUCCAUGAAAUUCUAGAAAAGUCAAAACUACAGUGACUAAAUCAGUGGUUUCACCCUGAAGCAAAAGUGGGAUAAUGGUGGAGGAAGAGGGGUUGACAGCAAUAUUGUACAAAGGGGUGGAGUGAUGAAAACUAUACAUCCUGAUUGAGGCAGUGGUUAUAGGACUUUGAGUCCUCAAACUGUGGACUUAAAAUGGGUGCAUUUUAUUAUGUCUAAAUUAAUGUUACAUGAAAAUUAAACCUGAAUAGGUUGACCUCACUAGCUCUUACCCUAGGAUCCACUAGAUCUUAGAACUUGAUUGCUCCAAAUGGUUACUUUUAGCUUUAUUGAGAUAUAACUGGCAAGUGAAACUAAUAUUUAAAGUAUACAACAUAAUAUACAUAUGUGAAAGGAUUCAAGUUAGCUAAAAGAUCCGUGUUCUCACUAUUUACCCUUUUUACAGGGGCUGAGAAUGCCUAAGAUCUACUGUCAAUAAAUUUCAGCUGUACAAUAAUGAUUAGCAACUACAGUCCCCAUACCAUAUAUUAGAUUCCCAGACUUCAUUCAUCUUCUAACUCAAAGUUGUACCUUUUACCAUCAUUUAAAUCUUUAUGAGUUUGAUUCAUUUUCCUUAUAAGCUUCAAUAUAUCAGUGACACUGCAGUGUUUGUUUCUUAUCUGACUUACUUCACUUAGCAUCUUGUCAAGACUAAAUAAUUUUUCAUUA